AUGUCAUUCGAGGAUAAUUUUGUGCUAGAAGUAUUCGAUAUGAUCGCCCAAUUUAUGAUGGACUUAAAAGCAGAACAUCGCACCAGUCCGUCACUGUAUCCCCCAGUGUCUCCAAAAAUGCAAGAUAUUUACCGUCCAAAUUCGACCGACUCGGGUGUAUUAGAUCUUUCGAAACGGCGUGAUUCGGUGGAAACGCGCAAAACUCCGUCGCCGUACAACAGUUUUAGCGAGGAUGGAUCACCGCCAAUGCAGAGCUCACCCAUCAAUGCAACCAACCAAAUCCUGCUAAAUUACCAAAGCAUCCAGCAUCGAGACCUUUCGCCAAAAACCCAACACCGUUUCGAUUCAGCAAACCUUGCGCAGCAAGGUCACCAGUUGCCCCACCCUGCGAGUUUUCAUACUGCUCAAGGAUUCCCGAUCGGACAUCCAAUUAUUCCGAAACAGGAAAAUCUUCCGCAUCGCCCCGAAAUCAUGCCGUAUUUACUCCAGGCCGGCGCAUUACAACAAUCGCAACACCAAUAUCUACACAGCCCAAUUCAGCAUCAUCGCGAAUCCGACUCCCUUUCGGAGUCCGGAUCAGAAGGUCACAUCCUUCCUCCAAACCACAAAUUACCUCUGCUGAAACAAACCCCAACCGAUCAUCUAUCAUCCAACCAGUCGUCAACCAACAAUCCAUAUCCAAUGGUUAUCGGUCGAGACGGCAAACUGGCUCGUCCUUUCAAAGCUUACCCACGGGAUCCGCUGAGUCUGACCGCCGCCUUCAUGGCCAGUGACUCCAUCUUGGAUACAAUGUCAGCGGAAAAGUACAACGCUUUCCGCAAGCGAAUGCUCGAGCAGAUUCGUGCCGCCAACGGCGGCCAGGCAACGGUUUGUAAUCCUAAAAUGCGCCGCCUGAACAAGUCGCUCACCACACCUCCAUUCACCGGCGGCGGCGCCGCCGCCAUCGCAAUCGACUGCAACAACAGCAGUGGCAGCAGCAGCAACAACGCAAGCAAAUCAGCCAACGAAGCGACAAGCGGUGGCAACAGCAAUGGCGUCAGCACAACCAACGGCGGCAGCGCAGGACCGAAAGACUCCGCCUACUACGAGCGACGCAAGAAGAACAAUGCUGCGGCGAAAAAGUCACGCGAUCGACGCCGCAUCAAGGAGGACGAGAUCGCCAUUCGGGCCACCUUUCUGGAGAAUGAAAACAUGCAGCUGCGGUACGAACUGGCCGCCGCGCGGAAACAACUGGCCCUCUACGGGGUCACUGCGGUGUCGCCCUGA